GCUGGACCACGUGACAUCCUCUCUACUGCUCACACUAUGACCCCCAGUACUGUGUUGUUUCUCUUCCUGCAGAUGACUUUUAUUGUGUCACGUGUUGUUUUCGCAGAAAACGCCACAUGCCAGAACAGAUGUGGUUCUACCAGAAACGCCACUACACCCUGUCAGUGCAACUCUGCCUGUAUCAAGUUCAAAGACUGCUGUGCUGAUUAUACGACAUGGUGUUCUACUACUGGUGGGCGAGCAAGAAGCUGUUCGAAUCUGACAGCUGUGUCAGAGGAAUUAUGGGCCAGCGAUGUCAACAGGCUGUCAUCGUCUGAUGUCACUGUCAACUACCAAACCAAAGUGCCAGAUGGCACAAAGACUGACAACUCAACUGAAAAAUUGUUUACCUAUGUGAAUGAGGCUAAACUUGGAUCUGGCACCUACAAGCUGCUGUCAAAUCUGAUGAACAACUACGAUCCAGUCAAAGGUGCCAGAGAGACUGCCACAACAGCUGAACUUGCUGAAGACAACGCCUUUUUAGACGCCAUCCUGGCCACUAAAGUCAUGGAGAAACUACUCAAUUAUCUCACUUGCAGGGGUAUUGUAAAAAACAAGGCGGCGCUGAGAACAACCUUGAAGAAACUUUGGUUUAACCUUUACUCACGGAACCGUAAAGGCACCACUCUAGACACGUGCGGGUUCGAACACAUGAUGGUGGGGGAAUAUAAGGACAGGAAAACGGUCAACGGCUUCCACAACUGGGUGUCUUUCUACCAGAAGGAGAAGGCUGGGACCUUGAACUACUUCGGAUAUGUGUCUCAGGCUAAUCCGUCCAUCAUAGGUGCCGCCUUCUCAUGGGACAACAGAGUGAAAACUUUGGGCAGUUUUUUCAUCGGUGUAAGCCCCGAGUUUGAGCUGGCCAUUUACUCCCUUUGUUUCCUGUCCCACCCCGGGGGCGUCUGCAACAUCUCCCUCAACGGAAGUCCCGUCAGGAUAGUUUCCUACAGCAAAGAUGGACACAUCGCCACGGCCUACGUCUCUGCUUAAUUCAGUCUAGAGUCGUUAAAUAAACUAGUACGAUAGCACUAUGUAAAUCUUUACUAAUAA